AUGACAUUUAAAACACCUCAAGAGCUCCUCUCAGCCCUUCUCAAAACCCUUGAGCAGGACAUCGUCCCCCUCACAAAAAAGGGUGUCUCUUCAGGCUCCAAAGUUUUCGGCGCUGCAAUCCUCUCCUCCCAAACGCUCACCCCUCACACCGUCUCGACCAACAAUGAGCGCGCAUCCCCUUUGCUACACGGCGAAAUAAACUGCAUCCAGCAAUUCUACACACAAACCUACCCCGAUCCCAAGAACAGACCUGAUCCAAGAGAAGAUUGCGUCUUUUUCGCUACUCAUGAGCCGUGUAGUUUAUGUCUAAGCGGAAUCACCUGGUCUGGCUUCAAGGAGCUGUACUAUUUGUUUACGUAUGAGGACAGCAGGGAUACGUUCGGGAUUCCAUAUGACAUUGAGAUUUUGGAGGAGGUUUUCCGGGUGAAGGCCGAUGGGGAGAGUGAUGAGGCGUUGAGGAAGAGGGCAUUGUAUAAUAAGAGAAACAAGUUCUUUAUUGCAAAGAGUAUUGGAGAUCUUGUUGGUGAGAUUAAGGAUGGUGAGGAGAAGAAGCAUUGGGAGCAGGAGGUGGAGAGGGUGAAAGCUUUGUAUAAUGCUUUGGGUGAUGAGUAUCAGAAGAAUAAGAAGAGUGGGAUAGAGACUUCGAGCACUUGGAAGUAG